AUGAAUCGGCUACUGACUCGGACUAGCUCACUGAUACAGUGUCGGCGAGGAAACGCGACCAAGGUAAGGAUAAUAUCUUUUAUAUUGUGGAUGUUUGUCGACUUUAUGAUGACAAGACUUUAUUAAUGUGUUAAAUAAAAGAAAAUUGAGGAAAAUGUAAAAUCAUUGUUUGUCAUAGUGAUUAAAAUUGGAUGGUCAUAUUAGAAAUGUCAUAAAAGUCUGGAAACAUUUAUUUUUGUCUAGCAUUUUUAGCUAAUUAUAAGGAAUUGGAAACCCAAUUAACAUUUAUUAGAUUUGUCAAAAGUUCUCGGACAUUUUAUAUUUGCCUAAAGAAAACAACAAAUUUUGAUUAUUUAAAAAAACCAAAAAAUUAAAAAAAAUUCAAAAUGACUUAAAGACAUAUUUUCAACAAAUAAAUCAUUUUAUAGCCAUUAUUUUAAUUUCUAACCAUAUUUUAUGGAUCUCACCAGUUGUGUUUGCAAUGACAAAACAGUUUUUAGUUAUAGUGAAUGUUGCGCAUUUCCGAAGCCAAUUACGAUCGCCAAACUAAAGAGUAGCGACAAGUCUGCUUCCUUUUCGUUGCAAUUCCUUUUUUAUCGACGAAACGCAAUCAUUAUAGUUCAGCUUGUCCUGCAAGAAACUGCUCGCUAAACUAUAAACUACACCUUUCAUACAUCAGCCUGGUUUUGGCUCAAAAUCUGAAAUAAAGUAGCUAAUAUAAAGCAUAAUAUACAUCCGAAGAGCAUAUUGUGUUUUUAUAUCUAAAAAUUUUAUUAAGUUACAGUAAUCACACUAACUAUAAAAAAGUAUAAAAAGGUAUUUUUAAACAAAUUUUGAUAGUUUUACUAUUUCAGACUGACCCGUUAUUUCGAUUUUACAAGUAUGCUUCAACGACUCCGAUAGCUCCAAAAGUACUAAUUACUGGUGGAUUGGGUCAACUCGGCAAAAGCCUGGCCUUGGUGUUACGGUAAGUAAUACAAACUGUCCUAAUACAAAAGCUGAGUUUUUAAAAGAUUUUAAAGCCGUUUUAAACUGAAGUCAAAUUACAGUACCAACCAUGUAGCACUGUACUUAAAACACCUUCAGACCUUAAUAAAAGUACUUUGCAGGGCUAUUUACGGACAUGACAGUGUCAUUCUGACAGACAUUGGAAAGCGACCAGACUACCUGAAAGAAGUACCAUUCUGUUAUCUGAAUAUCUUGGACAGGAACUCAAUCGAAGAGACUAUUGUCAACAACAACAUUGAUACUGUCGUGCACUUCUCGGCUUUGUUGAGUGCUGUCGGAGAGAAUAAUGUUCCUUUGGCACUUCAGGUCAAUGCUCAAGGAGUUCAGAAUGUACUUGAGGUUUGCAGGUGCGUUUAUACUUUCUUUUGACUGUUUCUUAUCUUUGGUACGGCAACUUGUGUUGCUAUGAAAACCAUGGCAUGAUGUUGUAGAAUAUAAAUUUAGUGUUGUUACAGUAUGUUGGAAGAUUAAAAGUUAAUUUUAUGAAAUUUCAGAGCCCACAACUUGAAAGUGUUCAUUCCCAGCACAAUUGGUGCAUUCGGUCCCACCACACCUCGCGACCUGACUCCUGAUCUCACAGUGCAAAGACCUCGUACUAUCUACGGAGUGACCAAGGUUUAUGCAGAAUUACUCGGAGAAUAUUACUUCGAACGUUUCGGACUGGACUUCAGGUCUCUCAGAUUCCCUGGAAUCAUUUCCGCCAUCCAGCCUGGAGGUGGUACUACUGGUACGGUUUUUUAAAGUUUUUGUUGUAAAAGAAGUUAUUUUUUGAAAAAUUUGAUUUUCAAAAAGUAAAGCGUAAGCAGCCUAAAAUAAUCUAAGUUUUCACUAAAAUACAGUAAUUAUAAUACGUGAAAGUUUAGUAUAUAAAGAGUCGUAGCAAACUAAUAUAAAUGUUAUUGCUCUUUAGACUACGCCAUUCAAAUAUUCUUUGACGCUUUACUGACCGGAAAGCACGUGUGUUAUUUGAAGCCGGAUACCAUGCUGCCGAUGAUGUACGACACUGAUUGUAUGGCCUCUGUUAUUCAAGUAAGUUCAUGGUCUAUUCCAUAAUAACAUCAAUAAACAUUUGCAAAAGCUGAUGAUAUCAGUGAGGUAUUUUACAAAAAUUACUCAAAUUAUAAAGACUUUGCGAUUGUUUUACUAUGGAAUAUGUUAUAUGAAGUAGUACAAUAACAAUUUGCAGGUUUUAGCAGCGCCUUCAGAAUCCCUGAAUAUGAGGACCUACAAUGUCACUGGCUUUUCGUUUACUCCUGAAGACAUUGCCAACGAAAUCAGACGCUACAUUCCUCACUUCCAGAUCGAAUACAACGUCUGCCCCAUCAGACAAAAGAUCGGUAUGUCCAGUGUAAUAUCUCGACUUUAAACUGGCGUUUAGUUCAAAGAUUAUCGCUGCAAAAUGACUUUUUCAACUUUAUUUUUGCAUCAUGUAUAAGAUAUUGGAAUCGACAGAAUUUCAAUAGGAAAAGCUAUAAAAAAGAUUUAUAUUACCCAUGGCAUGAUAUACAUAUAAAGAAUACUAUUGUAUAUAAUAGAACAGAAAAAAGUAUAGAUAAUAUUAUUGUAACUUUUCAGCUGAUACCUGGCCCCGAUCUCUGGACGAUUCUUGUGCUCGUGAGGACUGGGGAUGGAAUCCAGAGCACAACCUGAGCACGACGACCCAGCUGAUGCUGGAGUUGGUGGAGCAGAAGCUGGGCAAGGACCCAAAGACGACGCCGCUCCAAGCCCAGCUCUAA